GGUUGCGGGUUAGGGUUGGGGUUGUUUCGAAUCGUCUCUCUGUUCGCAGGCGAAGCGCGCAUCAAUGGAGAUCGCGGACGGCGUUGACAAUCUGAGCGUCGCCGCCGAUUCCCAGAAGAAGAACCGCAUCGAUGUCUCGAACACCAAGAAGCCACUCUUCUUCUACGUCAAUCUCGCCAAGAGAUACAUGCAGCAGCACAGUGAAGUGGAGCUUUCGGCUCUUGGAAUGGCCAUUGCAACUGUAGUCACCAUGGCAGAAAUUCUCAAAAACAAUGGUCUUGCUGUUGAGAAGAAGAUUACAACAUCUACCUUUGAUGUGAAGGAUGAAUCAACGGGAUGGCUAAUGCAGAAAGCAAAGAUUGAGAUAUUGUUGGGGAAGAUGGAAAAAUUCGAUGAGUUGAUGGCUGCGGCGGCAGCAGCAGUAGCAGUGGUGGAGAAAGAUGGCAGAGAUGGUGAGGAGCAGAGCUGAAAGAAUGAAUUCCAAAGUUUUGUUAUUCCUUUGAAUUGAAGAGCACCAACAUGAAGAUUUCUAGGCUAGUAAGCUUCCGUUGGCUGAGCAUUGCAGCUUCUUACAUGGGUAAUCUUUUUCAUGCAUCGAAUUCAAAUCAAUAUACACAGUCCUAAAUCCCAAAUCAUUGAUUCUGGUAUGGCCCAUGGUGGAUAGAUCGAAAUUAGGAGUGUGUUUUGCUUAUUUGGAAGACAUAAUUUUGUCAUUCACAUUGGUGAUAAAGACUAAUAUGUCUCUUAUCAUAAUUAAUUGAAGAAAUUA